AUGAUAUUAAGCAUUUUCCAAUUAACGAAUGCCAAUGGCAGUGAUUUGAAUAAAAGUGAUGAUGACGAUGAAAACCCUAAACAUGAAAUUCAAAAUCUAACAGAACACGCAAGGACGGGCAGAGUUUUGAAAUAUGCCCGUCCCAUGUUUACCCUGAGGAGAAGACAACCAAUACAAAAAAUACGCUCUAGGGCAGAUCAUUUCCCAUUGCGACCUCAACUGAGAAGGGUCCACAAUGGGGUUUUGCCCGCUAGCCAACAACCACAACAACAACUGAGAUAUGGCUAUGAUUCGCUGAAAUCUUCGAAAUAUAUUAAUUCUAAGGGAGCCUUGCCCUAUGGAGCAAACAUAAAAGGUAGCUCCUCUCCGUCACUGAAACAACAGCUAUUGGGUAUACAUCCAAAUGGUUUGCAGGUUCCGGCUCUAUCACAUCAAUAUGUGCAAAAUUUCAAGGCCUCUCCAGCAUAUAAUGGCCAGGUGGCAAUACAUCCACCGCCAGUUCCGGUAGCUCAGCAGGCAACAGGAAAUAAGCCGCAGAAGCAACAAUCGCCACCAUCACCCCAACAGCAGCAGCAGUUGCAGAAACAACAGCAACAAAAUCUAGACAAUUCAUAUCCCAAAUACCUGCAGUCUAUAAAAUCCAGCCAAUCAGAUCCCGCAAUGCCAUAUCCUGAUUUCAAACAGUAUCCCAUACCCGACCAACAACAAAUGCAAAAAUACAACGAACAGCAUGACAAAUAUUUACAACAACAAAAAUAUCUAACACCCAGAGACCCGGUGGCCUACUAUCAGCAGCAAUACCAGCAGCUACAGCAACAGCCUCAGUCCCAACAUUUCUAUCAGCAGCAUCAACAGGCUGCACAGCCAUCAUAUUCCGGUCAACAACCUGCCUAUUCUGCCCCGCAUCUCAAACCAGUUCAACAGGCAACAACUUUGCUACAGCCGCAACCACAACAACAACCAUCCAUACCCAUACAUGAAGUUUCCGAGGUGGCACAGCCAGGCUUUAGCUCCGCAGCCAACAACAACAAACAACAGCAGCUGCAGCCACAGGCACCAACAGUUGCCUCCUAUGGCCCCAGCAGUCAUGCUGCACCAGGAAAAAUGUAUUCCGUCUAUGAGGAGAGUGAUAUGACCGAGCUGCACAAUAAUGACUAUCAGACAGCCCAAUUGGAUAGCUUGGAAAAAGAGGCCCAGGAAUAUUUGAGAUUCAUGAACACGAAUGAAUAUUUUUUGCCCAAACGGGAUCCGAACUACAAGCAAAUCGAUGAGGAAAAUGAUCGCAGGCAACAAUUGAAUUUACAGCAGCAGCAACAACAUCAAAGUGCCCUCAACAACUAUGGCAGCUCUCAAGCAUCCUCAGUAUCCUCCUCCGCUACACAAUACCAAUCCUCCCCACCAGCCUCACAAUAUUACCCACAGCAACAGCAACAAAUCUAUUAUGGCCAUCAUCCCGACUCUUCGGUGGCAGCAUCUGGAUCUGCACCUUCCUCUUCACUAUUCAAGGAACCCAUACAAGUUUCCAAAUUAUUCUAUCAAGAUGAAAGCAACUCCAAUGGUGCUGGUCCCUCAACUGUGGUUCGGACCAGCUAUCAAACUGCCUACAAUUCGAAACAUUUUGGUUCCCAAGACAAUAUUCGACAAUCCUCGGCAUCAUCAUCAUCGUCGUCACAGAGUAAUCGCACUCCCGAACCCUUACGUUUUGAAUUUACGGAACGUGAUGCCAUGGUGGGUGGUAUUGCCUAUACGCAUGCUCCAAAGUCGCAAUAUAAAUAUAAGGCAGUCGAAGCCCCAGUUACACCCAGGAUAACGAUCCAGAGUAACUUCCAAACAUCGGCAACAGCAACAACGGUACUGCCAACCUCAGCAUAUGUGGGUAGCAGUAUUAAGCCCAUAACUGAGGUGGAGGAUGACCCAGAGGAUGGUGAUGAUAUGCAAGAGGCGGGAUCGCAUAUUUAUGGACGUCAGCCGCUGCUGAACAAAAACAAAGACAGCAAAGUUGGCAGCAGUACCACCACAACGGAGGAACCACCCAGCGAACAAAAAGACACUGAGGAAUAUUGCGAACGAAUUUGUGCCAUUGUCGAAGAUGAAAACGAAGAAAUUGUGUGCGGCUCCGAUGGCUAUAUGUACACCAGUGAGGCCCAAAUGGAAUGCUAUGCCUCGUGUUUACGAAUUGAUAUUACGAUACAGGGGAAAGGUUCAUGCUCAGCGAGAUAAAUGUGGCAGA